UUACAUGAAGCAACCACGGAAGGGCACAGGCAGCAGGCUAGAUAAAUCUACAUCGGCUGCUGCUAAACCGUAAACAACUUCCUUAUAGACACGAGACUUUGCCUCCUUCCCAACUACGUGGCUACGAUAAGACGAUUACCAAACCGGCUGUGAUGGAAUGUAAUUCAAUCGAAAAUGCACUCAAAAUCCAUUCCAUCCAUGAGUGUUUCCCUCGACGCACCAACGCAUGACAGCGGGGAGAUGGGAUGUUUCAAAGGAAAUGUGAGCAGGUUCAAGAAGCGUUAGAACCUGACUAUCUCCUUCUCUCCCGGGGCUUACCCGAUGAAGUCAACCUGAUGCCCCCAGGGUGACGACACGCCGCAGGUAGAAGAGGGAGGAGCAACAAGAUCAACAAGUCCCUACAUGGGGCGCCUGGUAUUACCUUAGGUUCCGAGGCGCUCGUCAAAAGAAGUGCUUCCUAGUCGAGUGCAGGACAGUUCACGUCGACCAGGAGCAUAGGCUGUCUUGAUCCACCUGUCCACCAACCGAUUGGAUCGGUCAAUUAAACUUGGAUGGGUUCCGAAAUAAAGCACUCCGUCACCAUGGCAACGUCGGGAGAGCAGAAAGAGUACAACGGACAGCUGAUCUCGGUCAACCGCAGAGACACCCGCCGCCUGCUGGAGGUUUACGUGAAGCGCAGCCUGAGCCUGAACGACGGCGCUGGGAACGGCCCCCCCGAGCCCCCUCCCGCCGCCGACAAAUGGGUCCCGAAGCCCCAGAGACCGCGGAGGGUGCGGCGCCACUCGAGCGACCCCUCGCUCCACCUGUCGCCCAACCCAGACGCCCACAGACAAGACGUCGGCUUGGUUCCUCCUUCCCCUUCGAACCCCAGCACUCCUGAGCCGCUUGACCGGUUCCCCGGUAAGGUUCACGAGGUGGUGGAGGAGGAGGAGGGGAAGGAGAAGGAGAAGGAGGAGGUGAAACUGGUGGCGCCGGUCUCCAAGAAGACAAAGAAGCCUAGCAUGUGGAAGAGCUUCCUGGGCCUGUUCUCCAAGAAGUGGACCGAGGACGAGCCGGACGGGCCCCCCCCCCAGCAGCCGAGGGGUUCGAUGGAGAUCUUCCAGUCCCGGAAUGGGGAGCAGGCGGAGGUCACGGCCACCUGCCUCCCGCUGCCCACCGGCGGCAGCAUGAGGAAGAAGUCCAGGAGAAAGAGAAGCAACAGGCUACCCAGCUUCAAGAGGUCCAAGUCCUUCAAGAAGAGUACUCAUAUAGACAUCACCGUGUCCGUCGGGGAAGCCAUCGUAAACGUGGAACCCACCUACGCCUACUUCGAGAAGGUGUCUGAGGAAAUGGAUCUGAUUGUCCGCCAAGUCACUCAAGUUAACGAGAAAGUCAUGACGAAUGAGGAGGUGAUCAACAGGAUCAUUGCCCUGACCAAAGAGGAGGGAGACGCCAUCGAUGAAAAGCUGAAGGAGAACCCCACUCUUAGCAACUUCUUCAAGGGCAUGUCGUACCCGGCCUUCAAGAAGCUGGCCGACAACUACCUGGAGGAGGAGACCACCCCUGUCCAGAGCCAGGCCCCCUCACUGCCCCGCCCGGUGGCAGCUCCAGAGCUGGUGAAGCUGGCCUUCACCCUGGACUUCACGGCCAGGCUGGCAGGGCUUUCGCGGCAGAACGUGGGCUACAUCACCGGCCUGGGCAACCGUUACCUUGCGGACCGCUUCGAAUACACACAGGCUUGUACAGAUCACCCCUGGUCAGACACUGAUGAUUGACCCACCCAAGGAAGGAAGAUCGUCACAAGAAACGCCAACACUUACGUUAGACGGGGGAAGUAACCAAGCAACACUUUCUCUUUCACUUGCAUGUAUGUUUUUACAUAGGGUAGAGGGUGGUUCCCCAGCCCAAUCAUGAUCCGAAUCAGACACAGAGUACACAAACCUGUGAAGUGAAACAAUGUGCCAGCCCUUAUCUGCUACCAAAGGCCAAGGCAAACAAUGACUAUGGUUCCCCCCUUCAAUGUAAAAGCGUCUUUGAGUGUCUAGGAAAAAGCGCUAUAUUAAUUCAAUGCAUUAUUAUUAUUAUUAUGGCAAGGCAACCCUCGCAAACAUGUCGCAUUGUGUGGAAGAACCAGUCGAAUGGCAUUGGUUCAGACACAUGUGGCUUCUUAUGAAGUAACACUUACAAAAGGAGAAGUAGUGACCGUAAGAUGGGUACGCAGCAACGGGUGUAGUAUUUCAUUAGAUUAGGCAGAUUGUCACACAGUAACAAGAGUGUCGAUGUAGAUGCAAAUCCAACAUUUCUAUUAAGAUGGUUGUUCAGUUCUCAUCUGUUUGUAAGGCUUCAUAAGUUUGAUGACUGUGAAUGUGUAUUGAAUAAUUGAUUUAUGUAUUGGAGUGCAGAAAGAAUCGUCAUACAUUAUUCUCAACAUGUUAAAUAUAAUGUGAUUUAUAUGACACUUUUGUUCAUUGUGAAUGCUGGCAUUCAUUAGACAACAAUACGUUUCUUAAAAAGGUAGACAACUAUUUAUGAAUAUACAUAGCCUAUAUGUUUUACAUAAUUUCAUAAAAAUGACAUCACCAUUAGGCUUCGUGUUUAUUUGGAAACCAAAUAAACAGGUUUUAUGGUAGUGUUUGACUGGUCAAAAGGACAAAUAAUGCCCAACAGCCAGUUUUCAUAUUUAUGCUGAUGAGGACUAUUUCAUACUAUUUCAUGUCUGGGAAAUAACUUCUCUAGUCUAGACUUAUAACUCAACAAGCUUUAUAAGAUAUAUGUAGCAAGUGCAAGUACUGUAUAUGAUGGAACAAUGACACGGAUCCAAAUAAACAAUGUAUUAUACAAUU